AUGACUACCCUUGCGUACAUGUCUGGACGGGUUCAGGUCACAGCCAUCCUCAUUCUAGCCCUCUAUUCCACGCUGAUAGCUGGUUCAUCCGCGCCCACUUGCUACCCUGGUAGCGAUACCCUUCAGUGGUACAUCGAUGCUGUCGGAGAGACACCGUGCGCGACUUACCAGCGGCUGCGGCAGAUAUGCAAUAGCGAUUAUACGACUCCAACAUGGAGUAUCGACGCCAGUACAGAUCAAUGUGACGACCCACUGAGUACUUGUUGCUGCAACUCCAUCACAUGGUCUGUGCGAAUGUUGUGCAUCAACUGCCAAUGGGACGAGUUCGGUGUCAACGACCCUGGGCACACCGCCGGUGCGGGUGCAUACUACAACUACCGAUGGAGUACAGGGACUCCGAACAGUGGCACGUACUGCGGGGACGGGUACAAUCAGACAUUACCGGACAGCCUCCAGCGAGCAGUUUGCGACAGGGGCAUCAACCUUGCUAGCUUCUUUUACAGCGUAUUUUGGCCUGAUGGAUCAUGGGACUUCCCGACUUUUGAAACCCUCGCAAAAGGGGUUUUGGCGUCGAAUAACAACCAGUCACUCGACUCUUGUGCUAACAGUACGAGUACUUCCACCGUGACCACUGUUACUAUGUCAGGGACGAACACUGCAAGCAUAGUACCUCCGACGAGCGCAGUCGGGGGGAAGGUAAACACUAGUACUGUAGCGGCGGUCGGUGCCACCCUUGGCGGUGCAUUGGUGUUGCUUCUUGGCGCAAUCAUCAUCUAUAUCAAGAAGCGGACUAGUACGGCUGAGCUUCCUCGUUCAAGCAUGGACGUGACAGAGAACAAGUGGCAAGCGGACGAUCCUACUGGUAUCACUCCUUUCCUCGGCCAAUCUCCGCAUCAGCCGCCGGAUGCGAGACUCUUCCAUCUUACAUCACCGUUGCCUGCUGCCCUUCGCGAGACAGACGUACUCCCGCAUACCCCGUAUUCGAUGCGAGCACUGGCAGCCCCGGCUAACACAGCCGACUCGGAAGCCUCGGAGUAUCCGCCCACUCGCGCAACGACCGCCCCCUGGGAUAAGGAAGAGAGCGUAAGGACCAACAGUCCACCGCGCAGCGUUGACACGGGCAGAGCGAUAGGAGCUGGACUACGAGAGCACGACGGGGGAUACACUAUACAGGAGUCGCGGUUGCCUCCGGAAUACCGCACGGUGUACUCAGGCUCGGGAUGA